CCAGCCAACCUGUGAGAUUCCACUCAAGAAACAGAAUCCCAGCAGAGUGUGACUAGCGGCCUGAGGAGAAAGCAGCCCGAAAGGAAGUGUGGUAGGACCUGGUCUCUAGGUAGGUGACCUUGGUGGCCUGGGACUCUCUGAGCUCCAGUGCUGAGGACACUGGCUCCAAGAAGCUCAGCGGCCACUGGCAGAGGAGCGUGUGGGUUCAUGAGGCAAGGCCUGGGCCGCCUGUGAGGAGAUAUCCUGGUUUAGGAGCUGGGGCUAACACCGGGGCACAGUAGACAUGCCACCCAAGGGGAAGAAGGCUACAAGCAAAACUGCGAAGCGCCCACAGGAUCCCUCAGGUUCUCAAUGUGAUGAUGACUUGAAGCACAAUGUUCCCCAAAAGCCAGAAGAAAACCCCGGGUUUGAAAACAUUGAUGAGGACAGUGCUUCUUCAGAUCGAGAUGAAGAGCAAGCAAGAGAGUCUGUUCAGAAGGUGUUACAGGAAAUUCAAGGUGACCUCACAAAGUCCUACCUUGCAAAGAGAAAGCAGUUUCGCCAAGAUAUAAAUGCUUCUAUGAAAAUUCUGAAUAGCAAACUUCUGUAUGUUUAUAAAACACAACAAAAGGAAAGACAGAAUCUUCUAUCCAAAUAUUCUGAGAUGUUUGUGCCAUUGUUUCAACAGUGGGAAAAAGAUGUGCAGAAAGUUGAGCAAGAAGAAUCCAGUUGUGUUGAUGUAUCUCAACGGCACGCAGAGCUUUUACACAAGAGUGCAAUGGCACAGAAAGCAACCAUUGAUGAAGCGAAAAAGAUUGCUGAUCAAUUUCUACAGAGUAUCAAAGAUCUCGAGGAUAAUCACCAAUGUCUAGAUGCUUUUGAGCAAUGCACAAUGAAAGAAGAAAUGGAUAACUUGAAGAAGAAACUUACCACAGAAAACCAACAUCAGAAUGUAAUGGCUGUGGAAACAUGUCUUUGUUCUCUGCUCUCUGGGGACCAUGAAGAAAAGCUGUGAUCCUAUGUGAUGUGACACACACAAAGGAUUUGCCACACUACCAGAAAUUAUAAUAGAAAUUGGUACAUCUGAAUCAUCAUUAUUUUGUGUGCUACACAACAGCCUCCAUGUCCCUCAACCUUCAUGUGAGUGCUGAGCAGUUUUGUGAACAGCAAUCCCUGCAAAGUUGUACAAAUAUUGAUUUAUCAGCCCCCUUGUCAUAUAUAUGGAUUCGUUCUCUCUAACACUAGUAGUUAUAUUUUGGCGGUAAACGGUAGAAUUAACACUAUGACCUUAUAAAAUUACUUACCGCAACUUAUAGUUGUCCUGUAAAACAGACACUAAACUGCUAAAAAAUUAUCACAAAUGGAAAAACAGUAACGACAACAACAACAAAAGUUCCCAGAAUUAUCUUUGGGGAGGAUGUUUGUGAUGUCUCCAGGACUAAUUUUCAUUUAAUUGGUUUGUUCAGCUGGUAAGUGAUGCUUGUCCUUAGUGCUGAUCGACAGCAUUUUAUUUAUGUACAGACAUAGUUAAUUUUUUAUCUCAGUAUUCCACCUCUGCUCUUUGGUGGUAUGUUAUCUAGACUACUAUGUCUUUCAAGUUAAAUUGUCAGUGAGUGUGCAUAAGUUUACCUGUGUAUGCAUUAACUCAUUAAUUAUUCUCUUGGUUUUCUUCUUAUGGUAUACCUUUUUAUAUUAAACAACAUAAAUACCUUUCCUUGUAAACAUUGUGUUCAAUAAAUUUGAAAAUGUUUCACAA